CCCGUGUUAUUUCAGCCAUACAGGUUUUUUGGAAGACCAGAUAUUUGGCCACGAGGAUUCCCGCUUGAAUAUGUCAAAAAACAAAAAAACGACCCGCAUCACUAUUCUCUGUGCCAAUCGAUAAGGACACCUGUAAUACAACAGGGAAUUGUAAGGAAAGACCCAGAUGUUGAUGCUGUCUACAGACUUUUGAAUGCUGAUUCUGAAACUGGAUUGAACGAAGAGUUUAGUCCAUUUGCUCCAACAAUUGUACUCGGAAAAAAUGUUUAUUCUCCAUUCAAUAGCCAAAACACGUUGUUUCAUAAGUCAGCGUUUUUUACUCUGUGGCUGCCAGUUUCAGUGGCUUUCAGAGUAACGGAUAUCUGGCGCUCUUAUUUUGCUCAGAAGCUGAUUCAUCUAAUAGGAAACAAUGUUGCUUUUUACCCCGUAAACGCAGUGCAGAAUAGAAACCCGCAUAACUAUCUGAACGAUUUUAAGGAGGAGACCUCCUUGUACGAAGACGCUGGGAGGCUGAUCCAAUAUUUGUCAAAAUGGAACUGUUCUACAGCUUCACUGGAAGGGUGUAUAAUAAGCUUGGCUGAUGAUUUAGCCCUGAAUGGAUUUUGGAACAACCUCGAUAGUCAACUGGCUAAAGACUGGAUUAAAGACCUCAAACAACUCAAUUAUACAUUCCACUUGUUAAAUUAUGGGGAUGAAAAGUACGAGGUCGAGAGAAACGAAACAUUGCGACAUAUAAACUGUAGGCGAGCGAACCUGGAAAUAGUUCACGAAGUAGCAGAUGCAACCAUGCUUCAAAUACUCAAAGAACAACAAGCUAUCAACUCGUUUAGAGAGUUAGACGAGUGGUGUAGCUAUACUAACGACAGUUUUAACGAAACGGCUAUG